GGAGGGAGGGAUUGAGUGGGGUGGGACGGGAUGGGGCUCUAGAGCCCCGGGGAUCCUGCCACCAUCCAACCGGGGCACUGAGGGACCCAUGGUGUGGGAUGGAGGCCCGGGGGAUUUCGCCAUCGUCCCCUCAGGGAGCCGGGGCACUGAGGGAUGGACGGUGUGGGACGGGGUCCUACAACCCAGGAGAUCCCGCCGUCAUCCCCUCAAAGAGCCGGGACACUGAGGGGUGGAUGGCGUGGGCUGGGGCUCUGUAGCCCGGGGAAGUUCAGUGUGUUACAAGAAAAUACACGUUGUUUCUGUUCUUUUCCUGUAGCUCAAGCCUGUCUCGCUUCACUCGCGACAAAGCUGCUGCUUAAACCCCCUUUUGGGUUCUGCGAAAGAUAAAAAGAAACCAGAUGCUCAAAACCUACCCAGAACUGGUAAAGAGGAAAUCAGAGGCUUCUUGGCAAGCAAGAUCCUGAACCCUCGGAGCAAUCCUGAGUGUGGUGGUUUGGCUCGUGCAUCCUUCCAUGAAAGGCUGAUGGAGCUGGGAGCACUGUGAGCUCCCUGCCUUGGACUGCAUCAUCUCCCAGCUGGCCCAUUUAAUGCCUGUCACCCCUCUGCCCUGGGACAACUCUCCAAAGCAGGCUCCCUUCUGUCACUGAGGAGGAUCAGGCCGAAGCACUUGGUGCUGCUGUCCUGCACUUUCCCACCCACCUGCUCACAGGGCUCUCAGGGACUGCUGCUCUUAAUGACUUCUUGGCAUCAGCACUGAAAACAGGGUGGUCCCUCUCUGUUCCCUCACAGCCAGCAAGGGUUCUGGCCCUUGCAGAGCUCCUUUUCUUCCCUGUUUGGAGGCCUUUUCAGGGAUCAGCUCCUCUUCCCAGAGUGUUUCUGCCGGGAGACUCCAUGAGACUCAGUGACUGCUUUCCAUGUACUGAGACAGAGCAGUGCUCACUUCUGCCCUGACACCCUGGGGAUCCCCCAUGGACACCACUGGCUGUUGUGGACUUACUUGGUUCUUUGGAAAGAAGAAAAACACUGACAACUGAAAGGAGAAGGAUCUUGAUGAGACUUUCUUCUUAGGAAGAAAAGCCAGAAAAAACCCUCCACGAGCUGUCCAAAGAAUGCAUUGAAAUGCUCCCUGCGCUUCCCCCAAGUGAUCUUCCCCUCACACAGACACGGGAAAAGUGGAGCUGCGGAACAACGGAGAUAAUGCACUAAAAAAGCCUGUGUGAACUCAACCUCCUGGACUCUCUGCAGUGAAGAUCUUGAUGUUCAGAGGGAGUCAGAAGAGAGAGGACUCCUCAGCAAUCUGGGCUGUGGUGUUUUCCUACAAGAAGCAGUAGGAUCUGUGCUCCUGCUCCGCUCCCAUUCCUUCUCACCUCGCCGCUGACAGUCGCUAUCUCAGCCUGGAGCCUUAUGAAUUUGUAGACUCUGGGAAUGAAACAAGACUCGUUUCUGCCCUGUGUCCUGCUGGAAUUCUUGGACCCUGAAGAACAGCAACGAGGAGACAGCUACCCAAGCUUUCCUUACCUGUGAGCAGGGAUCUGAAGACAGGCACGAUAGCAGAUAAGAUGUGCUGACAGACAGGACGGCCCCGAUGGCAAAUUGCCCAUCAGGUUGUCUCAACCAUUUUGCUGGACCGUCCCUGCGAGGCUCUGCCCGGCUCCUCUCCGCCUCCAGCACUGCUAUUAAGGGAAGGAGGGACUUGAGAAUUCCCGCAGUCUUUGGGAGCGGAGACAAGUCAAACUUCAUCUUGAUGUUGCUGCGGGAAUCUCGGUAAAUGACCAUCUGUCUGAUAAGCGUGAUGCAAAGGACAUUUUUUAAAAGGAGCGUUUUAACUCCGUAGACACGUAGGGACCCAUUCACGGGCAGGCACACGCACACAGGCGAGGAGGAGGACGAAGAAAAAGAAGAAGCAACAACUUUUCGAUCGCUGCUUUUAAAAGGGAGAAGCCUUUUCCCUGGCCGGGACUUGCCUUCUGCCUCCUCAACCAGCUGCUAAAAGUAUGUUUCCGAGGCGGACUGUACUUCAGGGAACUUCUGUUUUCUGCUCGGCAGCUGUAGAGGAGCAGCAGCGAAGUUUGGAGUAACACCAAGUGAUGCGGGAAAAACACCCCGAGAGCAGAACACCCUCCUGCAGACACAACCCCUGCUGCUGCACACAGGUUGAUCAUGGUUGCCGUGACCCGCUCCCUCCUGGCGCUGCUGCUGUGCCAGGCGCUGCUGGGCGGCGCGGCCGGGCUCAUGCCGGAGGUGGGUCGGCGGCGCUUCAUCGAGCCGGGCCGCGCCGCCUCGGCCGCGCAGCGCCCCGAGGACCUGCUCAGCGAGUUCGAGCUGCGCCUGCUCCACAUGUUCGGGCUGAAGCGGCGGCCCAGCCCCGGCAAGGACGUCGUCAUCCCGCCCUACAUGCUGGACCUCUACCGCCUGCACGCGGGGCAGCAGCUGGGGCAGCCGCCGGCGCUCGGCUUCCCGCUGGAGCGGGCGGCGAGCCGCGCCAACACUGUCCGCAGCUUCCACCACGAAGAAGUUUUGGAAGAACUGCCAGAAACGAGUGGGAAAACAUCACGGCGUUUCUUCUUUAAUUUAACUUCCAUCCCUAACGAGGAGUCUAUCACCUCAGCUGAACUCCAGAUUUUUCGGCAACAGGUGCACGGAGCCUUUGAGAACAACAGCAGCUACCAUCACCGUAUUAAUAUUUAUGAAAUUAUAAAGCCAGCCACAGCCACCUCUAAGGACCCUGUCACAAGACUUUUGGACACCAGGUUGGUGCAUCAUAAUGCAAGUAAAUGGGAAAGUUUUGAUGUAACGCCCGCUGUUUUGAGGUGGAUUGCACAUGGACAACCUAAUCAUGGGUUUGUGGUAGAGGUGGUUCACUUGGACAAAGAGAACAGUGCCUCCAAGAGGCACGUUAGGAUUAGCAGGUCUUUACAUCAGGAUGAAGAUAGCUGGUCUCAGCUCAGGCCAUUGUUAGUAACGUUUGGGCAUGAUGGCAAGGGACACCCGCUCCAUAAGAGAGAAAAGCGUCAAGCGAAACACAAACAGCGUAAACGCCACAAAUACAGUUGCAAAAGGCAUCCGUUAUAUGUGGACUUCAAUGAUGUGGGGUGGAAUGACUGGAUUGUGGCCCCGCCGGGGUAUAGUGCCUUUUACUGCCAUGGGGAAUGUCCUUUUCCACUGGCAGACCAUCUAAACUCAACAAACCAUGCCAUUGUUCAGACUUUGGUCAAUUCAGUGAAUUCCAAAAUCCCCAAGGCUUGCUGUGUGCCGACAGAACUGAGUGCUAUUUCCAUGCUCUACCUUGAUGAAAAUGAAAAAGUUGUAUUAAAGAACUACCAAGAUAUGGUCGUGGAGGGUUGUGGGUGCCGCUGAAAACAGAAAAUAAAUUAAAAAAAAUCUAAAAAAAAAAAAAAAAAAAAAAAGAAAUAGCUGACACUUUAAUAUUUCCCAAUGAAGACUUUAUUUAUGUAAUGAAAUGGAAAGAAAAAAAAACACAACUAUUUUGAAAAUAUAUUUAUGUCUACGAAAAAGUUGGGAAAACAAAUAUUUUAAUCAGAGAAAUAUUCCUUUAAAGAUUUUAAAUGUAUUUUAGUUGUACAUUUUAUAUGGGUUUAACCCCAGCACAUGAAGUAUAAUGGUCAGAUUCUUAUUUUGUAUUUAUUUACUAUUAUAACCACUUUUUAGAAGAAUAGCUAAUUUGUAUUUAUAUGUAAUCAAAAAAGAAAAAAAUAUAGGGUUUGUACAUAAUUUUCCAAAAUUGUAGCUGUUUCAAUUGUGUGUAUUUAAGUUGAAAAGAAUACAUGGAAGGUUACUAUGGCAAAGUGCAUAGCACAUUUGCUUUCUGCUGUGCUACUGUUAAGGUCACAAGUUCAAGUCCAGAAAAAAGUGGAUAAUCCACUCUGCUGACUUUCAAGAUUAUAUUGUACAAUUCUCAGGAAUGCUGCAGGGUGGGCUGUCCAAUCCAUGAGAACUGGCAUCCUCUUUAGGUGGAACAUUUGGAUAAGAACCAGACAUUGCUGAUCUAGUAUAAAUACUGCUAUUCCCAACUAAUUUGCGGCGUGAAUAUAAG